UUUCUUUCUCUCUCACACUCCCGUCUGUGGUGCCGCGAUUUGUAUUGUUCGGCCUGCGGUGUGGUGUGCUCCGUUUACAAGAGGUCUGCCUGUUUAGAGAGGAAAAACGAACGUGAAAACAACCAGGAGUGGUGUGUAUUCAGUGCCGGCUGAAUCGGCGUCCGCGCCCCGACGCCGCCGUUGACGUACGAUUCACUAAUUUUUCAACAACACAUCAUCGAAAUUCUACGAAUCUGCUCCAAAAUAGCCUCGUUUACUGGAUAGUGCGUGCUAAAGAGUGUGUGUUCAAUUUUUCGUUCGCGUUGUUGGUGUACCACGGGGUUAACGGUGAAUCUCUCGAAGGUGACGCGCCGUGCCGAGGGUACCUUGGAGACGGUGGAGAGUUUCGGUGUAGGGUACGGCCAGGGAGCAGGCACGAGUACAGGCGACUGGAUGAAACCACCGGGGGAUCUUUUUCUUUACUGCGACAUGAAGGAUUUGGGGGCCGAUAUGAUCGCUCCCUCGGCAAAAAAGCUUUGGGGCGUGGACGAGGGCGGCUCCAAGGACGAAGGGGGUGUAAAAGGUGGUGGGAUACUUCACCUGGGCGACCACCAGAUGUGGCGAGACUCCACCUGGAGCACCUCAGAUCAUGCCGUCUCACAACCGAUUUCCAUGGGUACAGGUAGACGUGUGGGUGUCGGUACUGGAUACCAUCAUCAAACAUCAGAAGUUGGAACAGUUCUUAGCCCUAGAAGCAGUGAAACGGGUGGUCUGGGGGUUAAAAUGGUCGAAUAUGUUCUUGGAUCAAGUCCUACGACACCCAAAGAUUUGGAGCCCAGAAUGGUUUCCCUGAGAUUGAAUACUGAUGCAGACAAGAAAGAAAAAGAGAAGGGCUCGGCAAGCCCAUUUGACAGUUCUAAAGACGAUACAGGCCCACAAAAUAACGGAUUAGCAUCCCAGAAUGGUCUUGAUGACGAUAAAGGAUUUAAUCGUACACCUGGGAGUCGCCAACCUUCUCCAGGCGAGGAGGAAUUUCAGAAGAACGCUGCUGCUACUCUGGCUGUAAGCGCUGGUGGUGGCGGGGUCGUAUUAUUGAAACCUGGUGUCGAUGUGGUUGGAAGCGAGGAACAUUUCAUGGCGGCCUUUGCCCCAGCUCCACCGCAUCAUCUUCAACAUCAUCAAGCACCACCGACACAUCAUCUCCAACAUCCACACUCGCACGCGGCACAACUCUUUGGUGCACAGGCUCCGCCACCCCCACAGGGCCCUCCACCUUCGCAGCAACAACAACAGCAACAGGGACCUCCGCAGCCACAAGACACCACUACUCACUUUGAUGUUCAGCAAUUGUUCCGAAGUCAGCCGCAAGGAGCCACCCCGCAACAGUUACAGCUGCUGCAGCAACAGCAACAACAGCAGCAGCAGCAAUACUNCGCCUCUCAGGCGCAGCAGCAGCAGCAACAGCAGCAGCAACAAAACUUUCCCACGGCACCGUACACCGUGAUCAGUGGACAAGAACCGUAUGUAGGAGCAUUGAUAGCCGGAGCACCACCUCCAGUUGUGCCACAGUAUUAUGGAGUCGCGCCAUGGGUUUACCCGGCCGGAUUGUUGCCUCAGGCACCUCCGCAAGCUGCCGCUCCACCACCACCUAGGAGACCGCUUACACCAUCCUCGGCCGCAGCAGCGGCAGCUGUCGCUCAAGACACUGCAAAUAAUUUGGCCCAGAGUGUUCAAGGCCAGUAUCAGGUAAUACCAGCGUAUUACGAUCAAAAUGGAUCCAUCGUGAUGGGCGGGGUGCGGGGGUUAAGCUCAGCCGCGACCCCCAUGAGAUUAGUCAGUCCGGCGCCUGUUUUGGUAAACAGAGCCCCGUCACAACCACCACCUGGACCACCAGCUCCACCACCACCGAGUCUAUAUUCUCAACCAACUCCUACGUCCCACAGUAACGCAACACCCGGAGAAUGUUUGGGUCUGGCGGCGUGCAGUGCAGCAGCAGUGGUUGCACAGGCUCAAGCAGUCGCGGUGCAGCAGUCCCCUCUGGGGGCAUUGGGCUCGCCCGCUCAGCUUCAGAGCACAGGUUUAGGCCUUGGCGCUUCUUCAACCGCGCGAAGAGAUUCCUUCGAUAGAAAUACAUCUGCUUUCAGUCCUAGUUUAGAAUACAGCCGCGCCAAGUGGCCACAGAGUUACGGAGCCUUAGGCACGGUAACAGCAUCGCCAAGCCCGUUGGGAUUAUCCUUGACACCGCCGCCAACUUUGGGAGGAUCUUUAGGCGGGCUUGUCGGUGGAGCCAGCCGUGUAUCCGCCGCCCCCGGCGCCGAGGCCAAAUUCCGGGCCAGCGCGGUUCCAGCUUUAACAGCUAACGGGGUUUUCGGCUCUAGUAGUUCCCUUUUCCCGAACUUGGUGGGCAAACCUGGCCGCGGUGGUACGACCAGCAUCGGAGAUAAAAACGCCGGUGGACGAUCACGUUUGCUAGAAGACUUCAGGAAUAAUCGAUUCCCGAGUCUUCAGCUACGUGAUCUGGCCAAUCAUAUAGUUGAAUUCAGUCAAGAUCAGCACGGUUCCCGUUUUAUUCAGCAGAAAUUAGAACGCGCCUCGGCUAGCGAAAAGCAACUUGUGUUUCAAGAAAUUCUUACCUCUGCUUAUUCAUUGAUGACCGAUGUUUUUGGAAAUUAUGUGAUUCAGAAAUUCUUUGAGUUUGGUACACCAGAACAGAAAUCCACACUUGCCCAAAAGGUUCGAGGACACGUAUUACCUUUGGCACUGCAAAUGUACGGUUGUAGAGUGAUUCAAAAAGCUCUCGAGUCGAUCGGACCAGAACAACAACAAGAAAUAGUCCGAGAACUGGACGGUCAUGUUUUAAAAUGCGUUAAAGAUCAAAAUGGGAAUCACGUUGUACAAAAAUGUAUCGAAUGUGUUGAGCCACGAGCGUUACAAUUCGUAAUUGGAGCAUUCGCUGGCCAAGUUUAUUCUUUGAGUACUCAUCCAUACGGUUGCAGAGUGAUUCAACGUAUUCUCGAACAUUGCACCCCUGAACAAACUCAGGGAAUUCUUCAAGAAUUACAUGCUGCUACCGAUCAACUCAUUCAAGAUCAAUACGGCAAUUACGUGAUCCAGCAUGUACUCGAACACGGUAAGCCAGAAGAUAAAGCACAGUUGAUUAGUAGUGUUAGAGGUAAAGUACUUACUCUCUCUCAACAUAAAUUUGCGAGUAACGUUGUUGAAAAAUGCGUAACUCAUGCUACGAGACAAGAGCGUGCUGUACUCAUUGAAGAAGUGUGCGGAUUUAAUGACAACGCAUUAAACGUCAUGAUGAAGGAUCAGUAUGCCAACUAUGUGGUUCAAAAAAUGAUCGAUGUAGCAGAACCAGCGCAACGUAAGGUAUUGAUGCACAAGAUCCGCCCACAUUUAGGUAGCUUGCGCAAAUACACCUAUGGCAAGCACAUCAUUGUCAAACUAGAGAAAUUCUUCAUGAAAACUGCAUCCGCGAUGGGAGUGGCAACGCCUGCUGGAGCUUCGAGUGGUGGAGGUGAUCUUGGUCCUAUAGGACCGCCUGCUUCUGCUGCUGGUCCAGUAUCUACACCAGCUCAGCAGCCAACGCAGGUUUUAUAAACGUACGAAUUCGAAAAAAGUAAAAAUUUGAAGAUUUUUGUACGUUCAAGAAAAAACACGUACCAACAUCAACAUCUAAUAUUUAUGCAACGUAUCGCCAUUAAAUUUAAUGGACGAGGAAAAAAAGGAUGCAUUUCGCACCGUUUAUCUCGUUGUCCCUUCUUGCAAGUAUAAAGCUUGAAAGAAAAAGAAGAUGCGCGUAUCCAUUUAAGACGAAAAAAGAACUACCGAGACGAUUUUUCUUAUUUUUGCAAAACCGUAAAAGAAAAAAGAAAAAAUAAAAGGGGAAAUUAACAAUUUGUACAGAACAACAAGAAUGGACAACGCGAGAAAACGGUGCAAGGAGGAAAAAAAAAAAAAAAUUUCAAGGUCAAAUGUGUGUCAGGAAAAAUCAACUUUUAGAAUAACGUUAGAGGUGCAGUGCAUUUUUUUUAUUAGUAAUCCAACGUGCUGCCGAGUAAUAUAUUCAUAGCAAUUUUACAUUGAAAUGUCACGAAAGUUGCAUUAAUAACCGUUCGAGAACCGAGUUUCUUCGCAACAAUUGGAUAAAGCUUUCAGCAAUUGUAUAUGAGAAACUGUAGUGCUGAGAUGGUUGAUUGUCUUUUAAGCGCCUCUCGUUUAUCAGUGAGUUUUAGAGCAAUUACAACGGCACGAUAAUUCCGAUAAUUUAUAAGAAUUUGGGUAAAAUUGUUAUUUAACCCGUUAUCCUUUUUAAACUCAGCACUUUUGAAGGAGCAUAGCUCCGGUCCUCUGGUAAACAUUUAAACGCAUACGUAAAAAAAGAUGUAAAACAAUGGAAAGUAGGAGAAGUUGGAUGAGUCAUACGGCUCGACGUGAUUAAAGCUCGGUAAAAAACAGCAAAAAAUUCAAAGAAGAAAAAAUUGUGUUUAGACAGCUAGGAUAGAUCUUAGAGCUGCAUGCAUUUAUAUCGAGUUGUAACGAAAGUGUGAUGGCCGUAAACUUUAUGCACGAAACGUUUUGAUCGCAAGUGUACCGUACCUAUCUUUGCACGCUAAAAGUAGUAUUAUCUUUUUACGUGCGGUAUACGUUCGAUCAACGAAUCGAUAUCGGUUCAAGAUUCGAUUCAAGAGGUUAGGAGCUACUGAUAUGUUGAUUGUAUCUAGCAUAACGUUCGACAUGGGAAUGAAGCUGAGUAUCCCUGACCUGACAGUUAAUCUGCCCUUUGAUUGCUUCAAAUUGUUCGUGAAAGGAAAAAAAAAAAGAAAAAAAAAAAAAAAGAAGAUGGAAAGGAAAAUCGAUUUUAAUAUUCGUUUUUACAUUUAUAGAAAUUUCAAAGAUGAAUCAAUAUAUUAUGUACAUGUAUGUAUUUUUUUUUUUUUUUCUUAGAGACGGAAUUUAGCACGAGAUGAAAAGAAUGAAACAAAAAGACAGAAACAAUGAGGAGAGACAUCAAGUCGUCAGCACGGUUCUCCUUUGUUCAUUUUUACGUUUGUCGCCUUUAAGCGCGAAGCAUUUUUUUUCUACUCUUACAUCCUUCUUGUAUCCCUUUUCCCCUGAUCCUUAUCCCUUUGCUCUCUUCCUCUUUAUUCCUGAGAUCCUCAAAUUUUGUAAAUUGUGAUAUAAAUAAAUAACAAAUGUGUAUAGGUACGACGUGACAACCCUAUCGUGAGGAACCGUAAAUUCAAUGAAUAUUUUAUUUUUCACGGGAAUUCUCUCCUUUUUAACGGACUUUGUGAAUAUCGUGUAUUAUAAUAAUUACUAAUUAUAUUAAAUUUAAAUAUGAUUUACGUUCUAAUGCUGCUGACCUUCGAUCAAUAUACGUUGAUAUUUCCCUUUCUCCUACCGUUUUAAAAAUGGUUUCUACCAUCUAUCGACACUCCCCUCCCUUUCCCCCCUCCCUAUUUCCAUACACAUACAGGCACAUACAUUCACAAAUAUACUUUCCAAUUGUAAAAUAUGAAGAUUUUUGACAAAGGAGACGCUCUAGAGGAAAGAAAUCGUUUAUGUUUAGAUUCAUCUAAAAAAAUCCCUCGACCCCUUAUAAUUCAAUCCCUUAAGAUCCCUUCUACUCUUAAAUAAUCGCAGCCAUCGCAUUGAAUCGCGAUGAUUUUUGAACGUAACUGAGACCCAUUGUACAUUGUAUAAAUGAUAACGCGUUCUUUAAAGGAAGAAAAACGUCAGGAAAUUGAUGUUCCCAAUGCGUGUGUAUCUAUAUCUUUUCGCGCCAUUUGUUUUCCUAUCCUUUUACACAUUUACACAUUAGAAAAACAUAUUGUACACACCAAUCAUUUUCGAUUGUAAUAUAUAUAUCACACACGACGGUUGGAAAGAGCACCUCUCAGCUGUUUUCAAUAACAUCGUACUUGUUCUUUCUUAUCGCAGUUUUACACUAUAAAAAA